CUUCCAUCCGAAAUGUUAAAAAACAAAAAGGCAGAUUUUUUUCCCUGUCCAUUCCAUUGAAGACUUGAAGCCUCUUCCUUCUUCCUCUUCGUCUGGAAUCCAGCAAUCGUUCCGCUUUGAAUCCGAAAAGUCAUGGCCUCUUCCUCAGCGUUGUUCGUCUCCCCCUUCGCCCCUUCUUUCGCAGCUGUUUCUCGGGUGAGCUACAAGCCAUUUUUGACACAGAAGCUUCCCUUCUUGCGACCACUUUCACUUAUUAAAGCUUCUUCGACUUCUGCUGGUUACUCUGCAGCCCCAGUUGCCGAUAAGCCCUCCAAAUCCUUCAAGUCAACUAGUUGGCAAUGGAAGUUCGAUGACAAAUCUAUCAGCAUCUAUUAUGAAGAACAUUCAAAGAAUAACUCUGAUUCACCUAAGGAUAUUCUGAUGAUACCGACAAUUUCAGAUGUGAGCACUGCUGAAGAAUGGAGAUCAGUUGCUCUUGACAUUGUACAGCGAGCUGGUGGAGCUGAUUGGCGUGCUACUAUUGUGGAUUGGCCUGGUUUGGGUUACUCGGAUCGACCAAAGAUAGACUACAAUGCUGAUGUCAUGGAAAAGUUCUUAGUUGAUUUCAUCAAUUCCCCUGAUAGUCCACUUAAGAACUCAGCAAAUGAUUUGGUAGUCUUUGGUGGAGGGCAUGCUGCCACGAUACUAGUUCGUGCUGCAAAGAAGGGCUUGGUGAAGCCAGCAGCUAUCGCAGCUGUUGCACCAACCUGGGCUGGUCCUCUGCCUAUUGUGUUUGGUCGUGAUUCAAACAUGGAGUCAAGGUAUGGUCUACUUAGGGGCACAUUGAGGGCACCUGGAGUGGGUUGGAUGAUGUAUAACAUGCUUGUCAGCAACGAGAAGGCGAUCCAAUCCCAGUACAAAUCCCAUGUCUAUGCUGAUCCGAACAAUGUGACUCCAAAAGUUGUUGAGAGCCGAUAUGCAUUAACUAAGAAACAGGGUGCUCGUUAUGCACCUGCUGCUUUCUUGACUGGCCUGCUUGACCCAGUUAAGUCCAGAGAAGAGUUCGUGGACUUGUUUGCCGGGUUAGAUGGGAAGAUCCCAGUUCUUGUCGUGUCGUCUAAAGGAUCUCCCAGGAGAUCUAAAGCAGAGAUGGAAGCACUCAGGGGAGCCAGUGGGGUGACCAAAUUUGUUGAGGUUCCAGGUGCUCUUUUGCCACAAGAAGAAUAUCCUUCAGUGGUAGCAGAAGAACUCUUCCAGUUUCUGCAAGAGACAUCCUGAAUCCAGCGCAUGACAACUUAAAGCUCUUUUUCUUUUUGUCUCCAUGUAUAGGUUAGCUUUCUCAUACAUACGACCUCUCAGUUUCCUAUGCUUGUCUUCCCAUGAAUGUAUAGGGAGCACUGAGAACAUCUCCUAAAACUAGAGAAAACAGUCUAUACAACAGAUACCAUACUGUGUGUAGAGAAAUACUGCAACGAUUUGUAAGAUCUUUCAUAAAUAAAGAUAUUUGUCACUG